AUGGAAACGGCAAAUCCAAUUGUUACUGAAUUUCAGGCUGACUUAACUAAAACGAAUGGGCUCAAAUCUGUGCCCUUGCUGACAGACAGUGUGCAGAAUCAGCAUGCGGGAGUGGCCCACGUGGCCCACCUGGCCUCCAAUGGGCUGUCACUGCAAAGCAAUGCCUCUCCAGACAACUGCACCGGACCUGGCGUAGACUUCCAACACGCCCUUUACGCCGUGUCAUACACCAUCGUCUUCGUACCUGGCCUCCUGACCAACAGUGUGGCGCUGUGGAUCUUAUGCCGUUUCAUCAGCAAGCAGAACAAAACCGUCAUUUUCAUGAUUAACUUGGCCGUGGCCGACUUCGCGCAUGUCCUCUCCUUGCCUUUGCGGAUCUACUAUUACAUCAACAACUACUGGCCCUUUGGCAUCUUCCUGUGUCAGUUCUGCUUCUACAUCAAGUAUCUCAACAUGUACGCGAGCAUUUGCUUCCUGACCUGCAUCAGCGUGCAAAGAUACUUUUUCCUCCUCCACCCGUUCAGGGCCAAAAACUGGAAGCGGAGGUACGAUGUCGCCAUAUGCGUUGCCGGGUGGACUGUCGUAGGUGUCGGAUGCUUGCCAUUCCCGCUGAUGAGAGAUUUCAAAAACACGGAGGCUUGCUUCACUGAACUGGAAGUCAAGAAGAUCAGCAACAAAGCUGCCUCUCUUGUCAUGGUGAUGGUGGCUGAAUGCAUUGGUUUCUUGGUCCCUCUGAUUGUCGUCGUCUAUUGCACCUGGAAGACCAAAGUGUCGCUUCAAGAAUACCGAACGCCUCUGCAAAACGCAGUGGAAAAGCAGAAAGCCUUGCGAAUGGUGGCCACAUGUGCUGUGGUGUUUUUUGUGUGUUUCACGCCGUACCAUAUUGUUUUCUUCUUCUUUAUGAUGGUCAAAGAGACGGUCAUUACAGACUGCGGAACGGUCAAAAGCAUUUUGUACAUUCACCCGUUUUGCCUAAGCCUGGCCAGCCUCAACUGCUGCUUGGAUCCUAUCCUGUAUUUCUUUACCACCUCUGAAUUCCAGGAGCGGAUCUCGAGAAGCAGCAGCCUGGCCUUUAGGAGUCGUCUGAUGAGCAAGGAAAGUGCUUCCUCGGAGAAAGAAUAA